ACUACUAAAGCCGAGGAGAGUUUGGGAAAAGCUUUCUCUCCGUCAAAGCAACUAACGUCUCCCCGCUCUUCAGACCAGAACUGCAAGAACUGUCUCUAUUAAGUAGGAUAAGUGAUUUCACUUUGUCAAGUCCAAAUCAUUGACUGGGAACUGAAGAGGACAAUUUUUGGAUAUCGUGCCACCUUCUAGGAAAUGAACCGUUUACAAUAUCAUGGAACGUCAAUCAGGCUCAUCGGAAUCUUUAAACCUGCUCAAGAAAGCAAGAUUUUUACAGCAGAAUAAAUGUAAUACUCCACAGACAAAGAGAAAGGGCAUGGCUAGGUGGCAUAGAACUGUUUGUGAGAAUCUAGUGAACCAAAAUGUUCUGGUCCCAAAGGAGGAACAAAGCAGUGACAGUGACUCCGGAUCUUUCACAGCCUCACAACAGAAGAAGAGAGGUCUCGGUCAUAAAAUGAAGUUCUUCUUGGGCAAGAUCAUUCAAUCUAAAGUAAAGGAACACCAAUCCAUGAAACUCAGCAAUGCCUCAUCUUCUCAGAAUUGUUCACCCAUGGCAUCCCCAAAAGAGCAUCGCCAGCAUCUGCCACUGACACGACAGACAGCCAAAGGGUCACGGAGGAGGAUAUCACAGGCUGCAAUUCUCCAACUGGAUGUUAAUGUUGUAGAGGCAGAGACAGAGAAACUCAUGACGGACAACCUCAUCGUGCGCUCCAAGAGAAUGACAAGGCGUGUGUCUGUCACCUCGCUUCCCACCGGCCUGCAGAAGGGCUCAUAUUCCUCUAAAAAGAGAUACUUUGUGCUGAUGAGACGGAAGAAGAAGGCUGUGGAGAAGGUGAAGCAGCAGUCUGAGUAUACAGUGCAUGGCCUACAGAUGCAGGUGGAUGACCUUAUUGAAACAAUAGCUGAGAAAUCCAGCAAGCUCUUGGAGCAGAGACACGAGGAGUUACGUCAAUGUCAGUCUCUGGGAGAUGAAAUCCUUCAAUGUUCAAAGCAAUUCCAGAGAAUCUCCAAAAAGAACACCAGAAAGUACAAGUUUAAGAAUGUCUGUUUUCCGUGUAUCUGCUGCUGUUAUUAGGAUAAUAUACCCAGCGGACGGCUGAGAUCAGCCCAGUGUUCCAUAAAACUGAUGGUCAAAGCUUGCAAAUAAUAACACAGCAAACCAGUUUUUCUGCUCUUUUUGUACAUAAGCAAAUAUAGAUAUAAGACAAAAAAAUAAAAAGUGAUUGACUAUAUUGUAAAGAGAAAACAGUGCCAUUAGGAUUGAGUGAAAGUGAGAGUUCUCAAUUCCCCUAAAUUAUGGUAAGAAAUGAAUGAAGCUACCAUUUGGAUGGAAUGCACCAUGGGCUUGUUCACACCAGGUGCGGCAACACAUGUAAAAUCGCAUUUUUUUUGCCCCGCAUUUUCGACCUGAUCAGAUGGUCCAUUCAGCUCUAUGGACCAAAACUUGAGUCCUUUACACCUGCCUACCCCUGCUUCGGUCCGCUAAAAAAAAAAAAUGGAAGAAGACCCACCCUCCUCCGUCUAAGCGGAUCAAAGGGUUUGUCCAUGUCUGCUUUGCUUGGAGUUCAGUAUUAAUGUCAAUGGGGAAGGUGAAAUUAAAGUGAUUAUAAAGUCCCAAGGUUACAAUGCAUUGAGGUGAAAAUUUUUAUUUGCUGCAGCUACCCCCAGACACCCCCCUUUUUGUUACCUGAGCCCAUCCCAUUUAGC